AUGAAAAUGUCUGAUGGUGAAGGUUCCAACCGCACGAGCCCCCCAAGGACUGGUCAACAUCGCUCCAGCAGAAGCGGCAGCCAAGAGGACAGCCGCAGAAGCAGCGAACCCCCAGCAAGCCGGGGACAGAGGCUUGGAUCAGUCGUGUCGAUGAGCGAAUCUCAGUACUCGACUGCCACAACCCCUGGAGCUUCUCACGCCUCGCCAAGAGACGAGCCGAUACACUCGCCCACGAUCAGCAAAACCGAGCGCCACGAACGAUCCCCCGCGCUCAACUCGAUGGAGGCACCGAGUCAACGAACCCAAAAUUGGAGGGACGAGCCACCCAACAUGCAGAGGCACCUCCCAUCCUUGUCGGACGUUUUCGAAGGUCAGAGAUUUCCAGGUGGAAUGCACUCGGUCGAGAUGAAUGGGUAUCGGUUCCCGCGCGAGCCUCUACCAAGCCCAAACGGCCACCCAGGCCGCAUCGAGGGUGGCGAUAACCGGCCACCAACCCUCAAGAGCGAGCAGUCGACGUCUGGGAGCACAUCCUCGGGCUCGCCUUUUGGCCAGCCAAGAACGCCAGUCGAUGGCCAGCUGCCAAUACACGCGCUGCUGACAUCGAAACCAGACCAUUUCGAUCUCAGCCAGCCGCAACACCAACAGUACCCCCUACAGCAACGACCGCCACAUAUCUUUCAGGGUGGUCCAUACCCCAGUGGUGCCGGUACUUUGCCAGCAAUUAAUGGUUAUGCCAGGCCCGUCCUUUCGCAACCGCCAGUAACCGCACAAUCCUCCAGCGCGGGUUACCCCUCGCUAGCAUCAGCUCAAGCACCAGCUCAUCCUCGACAGUCCAGACAUCCCCAUCCCCAAGCUGGGAACCCAGAUGCCGCCAGACUCGACGGUAUGAGCGCGUUACUGCAAGCCGGCGAGAUUGUCAACCGUCGAGCCCAAUAGAAAAGGGGUCACCUCUCGCUGUUGGGACGUUUCUUUUUUGGUUUAUAUUGGUUGCAUUAUACCCUUGGGUGGCAUGUGGCGGUUUGGUCCUGGGCAACACGCACCUGCUAAUUUGGACCACUAUAUAUUACCAUGUAUUUGGCAUUUUUUUUCGACUGGGUAUCUCAAGUACGGCGUUUUUGAGAUGGGACCCGUACACAGUGAUGACAAUUUUGUACAUACAUCUCAUUUUCUUUUUCAGAACAAAAAGGGCAAUGUUAAUGUAACUGGGAC